UUCUUUAUUAUUUCUGAAGUUUGUUUUGGGCUAUAAAAAUAAUAAUCCGUCUUUAAAUAACAGGAUGAGGCUCCGUUUACUUUAAUAAUAAUUAUAAUAGUUUAUAAACACUUUCAGCGUGUGUGCGCGAGCGUGAGUUUAAAACUGUGUUCCAAACCCGGAAGUAAUCACACAUGUGCGUCCGUUGCCAUGGCAACCUCAACACGCGCAGACACCGUGUCCCCUGUUGAAGACGGUCCUAUUCGGAUUUGGACUCGUACACCGGUGCAGUAUUCAGGGCGUGUUUCAGUGCGGCUUCACUCCUACACAGUGCCCCAGAUCAGUUACUCAGCGGAUUCGGUGAACCGCUUCAGCUUUAACAACACAACUUCUCCGCGACAGCGUUUCAGCCAGAGGUUCCUCCAGCUGCUGAUUUCCAGCUGUUUCGACCCCGUGUAGAGAAGAAGCCCGAUAGAGUACAUGGCAGGAGUCAGGAGAGCGAGUCGAGCAUCUCACAGAGACAGCAGAGCUCCGGAGAUAUCUCCACCUGAUAAAAAGCAAGGGAAGGUGUCAGAGGAACGUCUGAAUGUGGAGCAGGGGAUGAGUGCCACCAUGAAUAGAGAGGACCUCCUGGCUCUGAGCAUCAGACCCGAACAUCUAGAGAAGCUGCGACCCCCUCAACCCCCGAAAGACUCCCAAAAGCCUCGAGCCAUGAGUCGUGUGCUGGUCCGUAAGACUCGUCCUCCUGAGGAUCUCGGGACGGGUGUGAAGGUAGCCAUGGCGAAGCUCCUCCCGAAGAAUGCUGAAGUGCAGCCCAUGGGUUAUACAGAAGAUCCAGGAGGCCCACGCUUUGAUGCCCAUGGAAUGGUAUUGCCGCACAGCAUUCUAGGAAGUCUGGAGGACUUUAGGAACGAGAUGAAGGCUAAAGGAGAGAUAGAGCUCAUGAAUCGGAUUCCUGAUGGGAAGAAACAAGCACUUUUUGACUUUGAAAUACAGAAGCCUAGGGAGAAGACCAAAUCCCACGCACAUUAUGAGCAGGAUCAUCAACGACAUGCCCUCAAUCACUGGUGUCAGCACAUGGCUGAGAGACGCCGACAGCAGAACUUUAUCUCCAAUCUUUUGCAGAAGCCAGUGGAGGAUCUGCUGAUGAACCAGUCAAACAGAUUCCGAGAAACUCAGGAGCAGAGGGAACUGAUCAGCCGAGGACUUCCUGCACUGUAUAAUGGACAUGGUGCCCGUGUGGGCAGUGAGUUCUGGAGUGUUCCACUGCGCUUUGGCGAUGAACUGAGUGGAAUCAUGGCCACGCUGACCCAGGAGGAGAGAGGAUACGUGAAGCCCAUCACACAUAUUAAACAACCUCAUAGCACACGUGUAGAGUCAGGUAAUGUGUUAUGUGAGCGCUCGGCGAGUAAAGCAUGGAGUCACAGUCAGUACCUGAAGCAUCGCCAAAAUGAACUCAGAAAUAUACUGAAAGACCUCGACUUUAAUCAGCCUGAGAUGGAUUUGUUGGAGAUUGUGGGUUCCUAUGAACCUUUCACAUCUGAGUCAGUGAAUUUCUGUAGGAAGCAGGAGCAGGAGGACAGGAGCGAGGGCGAUCACAAAGAGAACGAGGAUCCAUUGGCGCUUUUUGAUGAUGUCAUGCUUGAAGUGGAGCUGCUUCCUGCUCUAAGGAUCAAUGGAGAACUGGCACGUUGGAAUGAAAGCAGCAAUUCUCAUCAGGGAGAGAUUGGUGUCUCCGUCUGCAUGAUGUUUGAGGCUGCGGUGGGUGAGAGCACGUGUUCUCACCUGGAACUGAAGAAUGAGGGAAGCACGGCCAUCUACUACAGCUGGCAAAAACUGGAGCUGCCGCACAGCUUUCCCGAGGCCAGAACGCACGCAUAUUCUCAACAAUUCUAUUUCGACACCUCGUCAGCUGUGAUCCUGCCGGGCGACACUGAGAAAAUUCUGUUCAUCUUUAAGUCUGGGUUUCCUGGGAUCAUGACGGAGGUGUGGAAGCUCCACACUCACCCUGUGCUUAUGGAUGGAGCCAUGCUGCAGGUCACACUCAAAGGCAUGGCUGUAUACCAGGACCAAACUUCUGAACAGAGAGUGGCUCUGGAGCUGGAGUUAGAGCAGCGAGUGGCCAGGUCAGUGUGCAGGUCGGUGUUGUUUGAUUUGCUGCAUGGUGUUCGCACUCCAGAGAGGCCAAGAUCACCAGAUCAACAUUUUACGACAGAGGAGGAGCAGUUUCAUGCCCAGAAUCCCAAUUUACAUUUUCAUCAGGAGCUGGUGGAGGCACUGAAGGGUCUGUGGCAGCAGGCAAAGGGGCAAAAGGUCACCGAAUUUGGGGAUGCAGAGGAGGCACCUACACAGGGGCCUGUCUGGGAUCUGUCCAUGAGCAAUCUCUAUCAGGUGGUGAUGUCGUUGCCUGCUGGAGACGAUGACAUCCCCGAGCAAAAAGCAGGACUGAACAAGGAGAAAGCUCUUAGCCAAUACAACACGCUACUGAUGCAACUCCACCAAUCACAGCCCGCCUCCAUCCCACUCACAGUGCACCGUAUAGGGCUGCAGUUAUGGAGGGAGGUGCUGGACGGGUUGGUCAGUGAGGCUCUGAGGCUCAGGCAUUUGCUGGGACUUCCUGAGAACGACGUCUGGGAAGACACUGAAACAGAGAGCGAGGAGCAGCCUGAGAAGACGGAGAUGAUGGAACAAGACAGCGCUCCAGUGAUUAAAGAGAAGGAGGAGAAGAGCGGUGCAGUGAAACCUGCUGCCAAGGACAAACCUGCUGAGGAGCGCGGCCGGGGUAAGAACAAAGCCAAACAGGAUGAGAAGGUGUUGGGCUCGAUGAACGAGAUGAACAAAGAGAGCACUCAGCAUGAAGAGAGCAUCAAGCCUGAACUUCUGCAACGAUACCGAUACACUUUACACCAACAGGUAUACAUCCUAAUGGAGAAAAUGAUCGACUCUCUUGAAGAUCUGCUCACGGAAGCUCACAAUAUCCAAGAAAACCAACACAACCGUGACUGACACUUCUCUCAGAACAACACAAUACACACCUGCACCUGCAUCAUCACCGUGUUACGCUGAUGUACAACAUCUCCAUGACAUACAUCUUCAAACAUCUCUGAACAUCUCCAUUAGCUCUGUUUCCUCCCUAGUUCAUCUUAUUUUCACAUCACACUUGAGAAACUGUUUCUCGAUUCGGUUCUUAAAGACCAGUUUGUUUCUAAAUAAACUGUUGAAGGACGCUGAA